CCUUAAAUCAUGUCAGCGAAAGGGGGACUUUAUGCAUGUGAGGAUCCAGCCUCUUGGAAAGCCGUUUUGAAUAUUUACCAGGAUGUGAUUGCAGCGAUGGGAAGCAAGGGGAAAAACCUAAUUGCCCUGGAUCAGUGGUAUCAAGAAGAAUUGCCCAGAAUUCUUGCAGGACGCAAGGAAAAAUACUUGACGAAAGAGGAAUUGUUGAAACUCAUGCAAUGGAAGCUUAGCAGAGGAAAAUUUCGGCCUCGUUUGCAGCAGCUGGUGGCAGCUAAUCCGGGAGAGAAGGUGGAGGAACAUACCCAAAAAGCUUUCCAUCAACUCCCAGAUGUAGAAGCUGCUGUGAAGGAGUUGAACAAGCUGAAGGGCGUCGGACCAGCCACGGCUUCAGCCAUUCUCGCUGCCGGAGCACCCGAAAUUGCUGCAUUCAUGGCAGAUGAAGUGAUGGAGAUCCUUCCAGGCCUGGGUCCUCUCCAGUACACCCUGAAACAUUAUCUGCUUUAUAUGGACAAGAUUCAGAGCUGUGCUGAGAAACUGAAUAAAGGUGACACCACAGGAACCUGGACGGCUCACCUGGUGGAAAAAUGCCUCUGGACCUGGGCUUUGGCCGAAAAGCUGGAUUUGCCCUCUUUACCGACUGUGAGCCGAGGGGAAGACCAAGGAGAGGGUGGUGAGCAAGGAGGCAGAGGCCGGAAGAAGCAGAGAACCAGAUGAACGCUUCCCAGCUCCUGCGAUUGUGGGAUCGACACCUGCUCCUCGGCACGUGAACGGCAGAGCUGAGCAACACACCCAAGGGACGUUUGCUCGCUUUGGGACCAACCACACCAGCCCACAGCAACCCUCCACAGCACAGCUUUCUCACAAACAGAAUGCAGCUUGUGUGACACAAGAGUGCUAGAAAUCCUGCUUGGUCUUCUUUCAAAGGGAUGGGUCCAAAGGUUCCUGUUUUAAUAAUGUUGAAAUGGAUCGUUCUCUCCGAAGCAGCCUUACCUUAUUUGCCCCCCCCCAUGGUAAUGGAUCCUCCCUCCCUUGCUUGGUGGAGUAUGGGAGGGGGAACUCUAUUAGAUCUACAGCUCCAUUGGUUGAUAUAGGUUGAGCCGUGGUUAGAA